AUGAUUUCGAAUACUUUAAACGAAAGUUUGGAUCAUCAGCUCAAUAAUAAUCAAUUGACCAAUUCUAUAACAAGACAACACACAACAGAUCAAAUAGCAAUCGAAAAGGCAUCCAUUCCAACCGAAAGUACAAAACAAUUAUCACCCAAACAGAAACGAUUCAUUUCCCUUCUCAGAUUUACAACCAGUAAUUCCUUCUCAACUGUUUUUUACAUUAUCAUUAUACUAUUCCACUUGGUGUUGUGGCUUAUUUGUGGAGGAAUUGAUUUGGCAACACCAGGAAGGAAACUCUUCCUCGCCGAUGGAAAAUUAUUGGAUCCUCAAUUUGGUUGCAUUUUAGGAUUGGGAUCAAUUGUUGUGGUUGCUGGUCAGUGUGUGGUUUACUUGGUUAUUGAGCUGAUUGUGUUGGGGUUGUGCUUUUAUUCUGAUAGAGAUACUUGGAAAAUUAAGAAGGAAACUAUUAUAUGUGCUAUAUUUCAAUUGAUUAGUUGUGUAUUGUUUGCUGUUUUAGGUAAUAUUGAUAUUGUAAAGUAUUUAGUGGAUAAUUUGGUGCCGUAUGGAAAUGUUUUGGUGGCAUAUUCAUUAUUUGCAAUAUUUGUGUCGGUGGUUCUUCCAAUUUUCUAUUCCAUUCGAGAAGAUCGAAAGAAAAUACUCGAUUUGGAAAGUAAUGUUGCUGGAGAUGUUGAACAAUUUUUGAAAAAUAAGGAAAAUUAUGAGAAAAUUUUGGAUUUUGCAAGGAGAAGUUACUGUCCAGAGAAUUUAUUAUGUUGGAGGGAUAUUCAGAGGUUUAAGAAUUCGUUUCAUAUGAAUGGGAAAGUGGAAGAAAGUGCAAGAAUGGGAAUUAACAUUGUGGAGAGUUAUUUGAAAUCAUGCUCAUUGGCUCAGAUUAAUUUACCCUCCGAUCUGGCCUUGAAAGUUGGAGAAAUUGAAACAUUGCUAUCGAAUUCACCUAAUUUAAUUAAUCAAAAUCUGUUCGAUUCAAUUCAAAGCCAUUGCUUGGUAGAUAUUCAAUGUGAUGUCUAUAUUCGAUUCACAGUUCAAUCAAAAGGAACCAAAAAAAAUCAAAAAGAAGAAACAUCAACCCAAAUUUAG